AUGCGUCUGUUCUCCAUAACCCAAGUACCUUUGCGUAGGCGUACGUUGGCUAGAAUUUUCAAGCCAAACCAGUACUAUCUACUGUACGGAUCCCUGGCACCAGAGGUGUUCUGCCCAGAAAAAAUACGUGUCGGUACUGUAGGCGACGGCGGGAAAUGGGUGUGUAAUCCGUGGAAAGUGCCGAGAGAUUCUGUAAUGUUCUCCCUGGGACUCAACAACUACAUUGGUUUCGAGGAGGAGUGGCAGAAGAUGACGAAUAACUCGAAUGUGUUGUACGGGUUCGAUGCGGCCGAACAAAACCCGGACACCAAAAACACCUACUCUAACAUCCGUGGCACCUCCCGCCAGGCUACAAUUGCAGUGGCCUCUGACCCUUCCAAACACAAAUACACCAUAGAAGACCUUGCGAGAACCUCCAACAUCUCUGACAUAGAAAUUCUUAAAAUCGAUAUAGAAGGCGCUGAGUUGACGUGUCUGAUACCGUUUCUAACAAAAUACCAAGUCUGUCAAAUAUACCUGGAGCUGCAUGGCGGAGCACCGGAACACGUCGCUCUACUGAAUCGAAUCGCUCAUCUGGGAUAUCGACUGUUUUCCUAUGAAAUCAAUGGCUACUCGAUGUCUGCGUGUGAAUAUAGUUUUAUUCAUGACAAAUGUAUUGAUAAGUAUGGUGGUAUGCCAAUUGCUAAUUACUUGGAUUUUAAGGUUUAG